AAGUUUCAUCCGCGCGCGCAAACUCAGUGGGACGCCGUCAGCUGAAUUGGAGAAACGAGAAGAACAGCCACACGAUUUCGAGGCAAAAAGUGUUCUUCCGAAGGUCCAAACGGGAUCGAAAUUCGAUCAUCGGAUUUCGGCUCGAUCCACAAUCUCCCGAAAGUCAGCUUUCUGUCACUCGCAAAAGACUUGACAUUCGAGAUGGCAACCUCGAGCUCAGCCUUCAAGGGCUAUUUGUCAGCAUUUGCGCGUCCAAGUGCAAAGAACGAGGAGAUCCCUGGACCGCCGGCUGGUAAAGCGACGGGCUCGGAUUCGGCUGCAGAAGCCGACGAAGAGGUGCUGCGUCGGACACUCCCCGAUUUUAUCCGGCCUGGUCUCGAUAUGCUUCUUAUCGGUAUAAAUCCGGGCUAUAUGUCGGCGAAAACUGGCCAUUAUUACGCCGGUCAUGGAAAUCAUUUGUGGAAAUCUAUGUACGACGCUGGCCUCUUCCCUUACCCGAUCGACUGGCGAAACGAUUCCGAAGUCCUGGAUUGGAACAUCGGCUUGACAAACCUGGUGCCUCGAGCCACCCGUGGUCAGAACGACAUCCUGACAGAAGAGUUCCAAAGCGGCGCUCAAGAACUGCGUCGGAAAAUCUAUGAGUUCAAACCGAAGAUACUCGUUUUCAAUGGACGGAAAAUCUACGAAGCAUUCCGUGGUACCGAAUUGCAGCACUUCGGAUUGCAGAAGAGCAUGGGACAAGUGCAGGUCUAUGUGAUGCCGUCCUCGAGUCCUCGGUCGAGCCUCUAUCCUCGGAGGGAAGACAAAAUGCACUUCUACAAGGGCCUGAAAAAAUUGUACGACCACGUGAAGGACGGUGUCGCGUUGGAUGUCGAUGAGAUCCAGUUCGAGCCGAAGAAAAGAACAACCAAAACCACUCCAUAGAUCGAGAUUUUAUUCCCCGUUCCGUGAAAUUAGAGAGAGAGAGACGAGACGCUCCCGAUGAGUUCACUGUCAUUCCCCUUGCUCCUCCCUCCCUCUCUAUCAACUCAACUCACACGGAGAUCACGGAGACUUUCCAACUUUCUCGUAGAACAUUAUUCAAGGCCCGAAUCCGAUUCCAUUGCGGAAGGCAAUGGGGCAGAUACAGAUCAGCUUGCUGUAGCUGAGCCGUUUUUUCACUGAAACUCAUGCAUGAUGUAUGAGACGCACAAUCAGCGUAGGACCUAGCAAGGCGGGGUGAAUUUCAAUUCCCACCUGUCGGCUGUUUAACAAUGAACGGGAACUGAAAGCGUUUCUCGCAUCAUCGGAGGGCCGCGCCAUCGUGGGAACAAAUACUAUAUAGUGAAGCAAUAAUGAAAGUAGGUACUCGGAAUCUCGAAAGCGACACAAGCCCGAUACUCGGAGCAGAUAAUACGUACGUAUACGGGAAAUAAAUUCCAAA